AUGGCAACACAACCAGCAGCUGCAAAGAAGUCGCAAGAUCUUCAGACCCAAUACACCACUUUUAAAAAUACCAUUCAACAACUUGCCCAAAAAGUUGGCGAUGUUGAACAGGAGAAAGACGAACAUACAGCCGUCCUAACGACACUAGAGCCAUUGGCCGAGGAUCGCAAGUGCUUCCGCAUGAUUAACGGUGUCCUCGUCGAGAUGACAAUCAAGGACGUGCUCCCAUCGCUAAAGACGAACACCGAGGGCCUGAAGAAGGUGGAGAAGGACCUCAAAGAGCAAUUACUAGCCAAGCAGAAGGAACUGGAUGACUGGAAGAAGAAGAACAAUGUACAGAUUGUUCAAUAG